AUGACUGUGGCAUCAGCAGUGACCAUGGAGGCCCCCAUAUGUCUGGUAGAAAAUAAGAAUGGAGAACUGAUGGUAAACCAGCAAGCACUACAGAUUCUCAUUUCCAUCGCCAAGCCAGUGGUGGUGGUAGCUAUAGUUGGCAUGUACCGUACUGGAAAAUCCUACUUGAUGAACAGGCUGGCAGGAGAGAACACAGGCUUCUCCCUUGGCUCCACCGUGCAGUCUCAUACAAAGGGCAUCUGGAUGUGGUGCGUCCCUCACCCCAGAAAACUUGACCACACCUUGGUUCUGCUUGAUACUGAGGGCCUUGGAGAUGUGGAAAAGGGAACUUAUAAGACUCACUGCAGGGAAGGAAAGAUCCCAAAAGUAAAACUGGGAACUGACGAGGCUGGUGGGUGUUUCCUUUUCCUUAUCCAUGAUCUUAGAUAUGUAACAGAGCUGACAGAGCUAAUCAAGGUUAAAUCCUCACCUAAUGCUGUUGGAGAAGAAGACUCAGCAGAGUUUGUGGGCUUCUUCCCAGACUUUGUGUGGACUGUGAGGGAUUUCACUCUGGAGCUUAAGUUAGAUGGACACCCCAUCACUGCAGAUGAGUACCUGGAAAAUGCCUUGAAACUCAGUAACGCCAAGAACCCCAAAGUCCAAAUGGCCAACCUUCCACGAGAGUGCAUCAGAAAAUUCUUUCCAAAGAGGAAGUGUUUUACAUUUGACCGUCCAACAAAUGAUAAGUCACUCUUAGCCCAUCUUGAAGAUGUUCAAGAAAGCCAGCUGGAGCCUGCAUUCAAGGAUCAGGCAGACAACUUCUGCUCAUACAUCUUUUCCAAUGCAAAACCCAAGACCCUUAGUGGGGGAAUCAUAGUCAAUGGGAAUCGAUUGGGAAAGCUGUUGGAGACCUAUGUGAGGACAAUCUCUAGUGGAGAUAUUCCCUGCCUGGAGAAUGCAGUGUUGGCCUUAGCUCAGAAUGAGAACUCAGCUGCUGUGCAAAAAGCUUCCAAGCAUUAUGUAGACCAGAUGGUCCUAAAGGUGAUCUUCCCCACAGAAACCCUCCAGGACCUGCUAAGCCUACAUACAAACUGUGAGAAAGAAGCUAUCUCAAUUUUCAUGAAGCAUUCUUUCAAGGAUGACACACACAAGUUCCAGAAGAAACUGGUGAAAAUCUUAGAAUCCAAGAAGGAUGAUUUCAUACAUCAAAAUGAGGAAGAAUCAAUCAAAUAUUGUCAAACUAAGCUUGAAUACCUCUCAAAGACCCUGAUGGAAGCCAUUUCUCAAGGCACCUUCUCUGUGCCAGGGGGUUACCAACUCUUCAGGAAAGAAAAAGAAAAAAUAAUGAAUGAUUAUCACCAAGUUCCCAGGAAAGGGGUAAAGGCAGAUGAGGUCCUCCAAAGGUUUCUACAAUCACUGGCCAUGAAAGAAGAAUCCAUCCUGCAGACAGAUCAAGCUCUCACUGAACAAGAGAAAGCCUUGGAAGUUGAACAGGUGAAAAGAGGAGUAGCUGAGAAGGAGAAAAAGUUGUUGGAACAGCAACAGAAAGAAAUGCAGGAGAAGAUGGAAGCUCAGCAGAGAACUUACGGAGAAAACAUCAAUCAAUUGAAAAAGAAAAUGGAGGAAGAUAGGAUCCAGAUCCUGAGAGAACAGAAAAAGAUUCUGAACCAUAAGCUAAAGGAACAAAAGAAGCUGAUGGAGGAAGGGUUUCAUGCAAAAGCUGAAGAGAUGGAAAGACAGAUGGAGGACCUACAAACAAAGAUUAAGUAUACUAAAAGUAAAAAGUCCUCCUUGUGGUCCUCGAUUUUAGAUAGUUUGGGCGAUGGAUUGAUGGUCCUGUUACCUGGUGCAAAACAAUUCAUUGGCUUGGGGAUGAAGGCACUGGGCAAAUUGAUGUCAUAA